AUGCCAGCCAAUUACGAUUUCACUGACAGACGCAUUCUUGUCACUGGAGCCAGUCAAGGAAUCGGAAAAGAAAUUUGUCUAACGUUGGCGAAAUCUGGAGCGCAAGUUAUUGCUUUUGCAAGAAGCGAAGCGAAUUUGUUGGGUUUGGUCAAAGAAUCAACUUCAUUGAGGCAUACCAUAAUUCCAAUCGUCGGAGAUGUCAGUGCAAAUGAAGAAGUUCUCUUUAAACUCAUCGUCCCAUACUUCCCAAUUCAUGGUCUUGUGAAUAACGCUGGCAUCGCUACAAACCAUGCCAUCGGACAGAUAACUCAGCAAUCGAUUGAUAGAACUUUCGCUGUUAAUGUUCGAGGUCCGAUUCUGAUUGCUCAACUGGUUGCUAGAAACUUUGUGGACCGACAAAUCCGGGGAGCUAUUGUCAAUAUUUCAUCGCAAGCUGCUAUACGCCCAAUGGACAAUCAUACGGUAUACUGUGCUUCGAAGGCUGCUCUGGACAUGGUUACGAGAUGUUUGGCUAACGAAUUGGGUUCACAGAAUAUUCGAGUCAAUAGUGUCAAUCCAACUGUUGUCAUGACUGAUAUGGGAAGAGAUAACUGGAGUGAUCCGGAAAAGAAAAAGAAGAUGCUGGACAAGAUGCCAAUCAAGCGAUUCGCAGAAGUUGAUGAAGUGGUCCAAGCCGUUCUCUUCUUGCUCUCUGACAACGCAUCAAUGACAACUGGAUCUGCACUUCCCGUUGACGGCGGAUUUGCUAAUAAUUGA